AUGGCGUUUGAUGGGACCUGGAAGAUCGACCGGAACGAGAACUAUGACAAGUUCAUGGAGAAGAUGGGCAUCAACUUGGUGAAGAGGAAGCUGGCGGCCCAUGACAACCUGAAGCUGGCCAUCAGCCAGGCGGGAAGCAAGUUCACCGUCAAAGAGUCCAGCGCCUUCCGCACCGCCGAGAUCGCUUUCGAGCUCGGGGUGACCUUCAGCUACAGCCUCGCGGACGGCACGGAGCUCACGGGGACCUGGAGCCUGGAGGGAGACAAGCUGGUCGGGAGAUUCAAGCGGGUGGACAACGAGAAGGAGCUGAACGCCGUCCGAGAAAUCGUGGGCGGCGAGCUGGUCCAGACGUACGUGUACGAAGGGGUGGAAGCCAAGAGGAUCUUCAAAAAGGAGUGA